AUGACUGGCAUUCUAACACUGCUGAUCCGACACAUCGUUAAAAAACCAGUACACAGAAAGCUGAAGAAUCCGAGCUUAGUUCGCUCAGCUUAUUCGUUGGAUCUUCGUCCCGAUCAAGUGGUUCCAUUCCCAGAGGUACUUCCUGAAGAUGACAUCUUUAAACUGGGGUUAAGGAUCAAAUUGCAGCUUCACAUUAGUUCUGGAUGUCACCCAUAUCCUGCUGUUAAUCGUUAUGGCUUUACCGCCUAUGGCCUUAGUGAUUUCAAAGUAUUUACUUCGUGCAAGGGAUCGCCGCUAGGAUCGCAAGUUUAUGGACGAGAAGUGACAAUCGGCGCUAUCGCGGGUAUCAUUCUUUCUUCUGAUACCAGGAUAAGGUCGGUCACAGUGCAGACGCUUGCUGCUACAAAAAAGUCGGGAGAGUAUCAAGAUUUGAUCAUGUGGAGCAACAUGACGGACGCAGCGCGCAAAGCACUGGAACAGACGUCAUUUAUGGGAGCUAUGGCACCGGUGAGCACUAAAAAGUUUAAACGUUCUAUCCUGAAGGCCUAUGAUUCUUAG